UGGCUAUCCGCCCCGCCAGGAGAGCCGAUUGUUUGCGGUUCGGCGUUCUGGUUUCCGCGUGGGCUGGGGAGUGUCGUCGGUAGACGGUAGCCGCCAUGUCGUCGGUGGUGGUUCCGCGCUCGGCGGUGGAGAGGAACGGCGAGGGCGUCACCUGCCGCGUGCAGCACCUGCCCUGCCGCGUCGAGCACCGCGGCCCCGCCAACAUCGACGUGUAUUUCACGCCGCUCGUGUGCGAGACGGCGCCGGGAGUGCUCGAAGGUCAGUUUCGCGGCCACCCGCUAGAUGGUAUCACGGUGGAGGUGCCGGCUGGCUACGAAGGCAUCGUGGCGCGCGAGGAGAAGGGGACGGACGGCACGACCUACGUGGCGACGGAGCGGUUCCGCCGCUUUACCACCUGGAACUGGGACCGCCAGCCGUCCUCCGCCGCUCCGCUCUGGGACUGGCUGGAUGUGGCGAAUGUGCUGCACUCGACGGCCGAGCAGGAUAACUGAGCGGGCGCAGUGUCUCCCAGCCGCCGACCGCGGCUCGGCAGAUCACCGGCCACAGCCGCGCGCACCACGGACGACGGAAACCGGCCCGGUGCGGCCGACCCGGACCUGAGAGCCCCCUGAUCGUCCCUAAGCCGACCUAUCAGCCGUGGGAAUGCCCCGCGAUGCGGCCAGCAGACCUGGAAGCGGGGGGAGGGGAGAGACUGUCACAGCCCCGCAGCUGUCUGUGUGGGGGAUUAGCCGGAGCUUGGCAUACCUGACCCCGGAUCGGGGCUCGAGGCAUUGCUUUCUUGUCGUGACCUGUAAUGGAAGCGUGUGAAAAGCCGUCUUCCGUUGUGAUUUCCCGCAUCUUGGGAAAUGCCGCUCGUGAAUCCAACUUUCACAUUUUUAGACUGCAUUCCACACCGUUGUCACGUACAUUUAUCUGGUUUAAUACAUUGGGUGCAUCAUGUAA